GUCGUGGGGCUCACGACGACUUGGUUCCUCAGUUCCAGGUCGCCAGUUCCUGCCAGUUCCGAUAUUUGUCCACUCGUUGCAGCUGUGUUACAAGCUCCUCACAAAUCCUGGUUGACUGCUGCGUCAGCCGCCCAGUUGUGUCCUGAGCGGGAGCCCCAUCUUGAGGUCCUGACACGGGUCCUGGUCGUGGCAAGGGCCACGAAAGGGCGCCAAAGAGCCACCUUUCUUGUCUUGACCCGGUGGACAGCAGCUAACACAUUGGAUUCUAUGUGUCAUACACGCCCCCGUGUGCGUCGCUUGUAGCUUGAUUGCAUGUGCACUGUCACGUACCGGAUGGCGCGUAGUUACCAUAUAAGGCACGUGCCGGUGGUGCCGGAUGGCGACGUGAUUCGCCUGGCUGCAUAUCACCGGCGGCGGCCAGCAGCUGACGGCGGCGGCGCAGAAGCACCCGGACCUCCACCAGUGUCACCGGGAGCCGGCACAGCAAGGACUGCAGCGGUGGCGGCGGCAGGCGCCGACCCUGCGCAGUCACAUGGUCAUGCCGGCGCCUGCGGCUCCAAGGCCUCCACAGCGGCUUCAGGGGCUCCGGCACUCGCUUGUGGUGUUGGCAUCGCGGCGUCGGCUGGACGCAACGGUCGUGCGCACAGCGCGGCUGGCGCGGCUGGGAUCCGGGCGCGCAUUAGCCAGCUGCAAGCACCCGCGGCGGUGGCACAUGGCACCGCGGCUCCAGCACCAGGGUCAGCAGCAGCUGCUCCUCCAGCCGCACCAGACCCAGAAGCCGCUGCCGGCGCCAAGGGCCGUCCGGCGGCCGGCGCUGCUGCUUGUGCAAGUGCUGGCGCCGCCGCUGGCGAUGGCGGCAGCGCUGCGCCGGACCCUGACGCCAGCGCUGCGGGACUCGGUUCACCAAGCCCACUGCAGCCGGGCCAGCAGCGGCAGUCGGGACUGGGCGGCGCACUGCACAAAGCGGCGGAGCAGGUGUCAGCGCUGGAGGCAGACCUGGCGCAGGCGCUUGCCGAGGCGGCGGCGCAGAGGGCGAGGGCGGAGGCGGCGGAGGCGGCGACGCAGCAGCAGCAAGAGCCGGUGGCUGAGCUGAAGAGGAAGCUGCAGGAGCAACGCGGGCAACUGCGGCGGCGGCGGCGGCGGCGUGCAUACCUGCCCAAUGCCCCCCGCCUGCCCCAGCCCCGGUGCAGACACGGGCAGGACAGUCUCAGCCGGCGCAGCAGGCUCAUGGAUUUCUGGCAGCACCAGCAGCGCGGGUCGAGCACCGGCCCCUGCCGCACAUCAUGCAUGAUGAAGCCGCCGCCCUCUGAAACGGCGUCGCGACCCGGCACGUCCGCGGCCCCUGUGGCGGGCUUGCGGGGGCUGCUGCACGUGUUGAUGCCUGCUACAGGGGAGGAAGAGGCGCAUGGCGCUGGCGGCGGCGCCACAGCCGCUGCCCCUCCGCAGCCAGGCACGGCGGCGGCGGCAGCAGCUGCGGCAGGGGCCGGAGCCGGCGCCCCGCAUGCCGCAGCAGCCGCAGCCGCACCUGCACGCACCGGCUGCGCCGCAGCUUCCGGCAGGCGGAGCAGCAGCAGCAGCAGCAGCAGCUACAUCCCUUGCAGUAACACCGCACGGCCGGGUCCGCCGGUGGUGCGUGUUGUGGACCUGCUCGGUCCGUGUGAGGCCACUCGGGCGUCGCCGCACGCCACAUUGGCUGCUGCUCCCUGGCGCAACCGCGGCACCGCCGGGCCACCGCACCCGCAGCCGCAGCCGCAGGCGUCCGAACCACCGGCCCCAAGCAUCACGAGUGUCAGCGAGCCCGCACCAGCCGCUGUGGCCGAAGUGCCCUCGUCGCUGUCCUCCUCCGCGCCCUUCCCUGCCGCCGCCGCCGGCCCCUCUCCGCAUCCCUCCGUGCGUAGCAGCUGCAUCCCACCCUCCGUAGCAGCUGCAUCCCACCCUCUGUAGCAGCGAACUGCAGCUGCAGCUGUCCCUGUCGCUGCAACAU